AUGGUGCAGUGGGAUGGUCUUGAGAACAAGACCACUGUGGUUAUCUACGGAGGAGGAGCCGUUGUUGCUGUUUGGUUAUCUUCCAUUGUUGUUGGUGCCAUCAACUCUGUUCCUCUGCUUCCAAAGGUUAUGGAACUUGUUGGUCUUGGUUACACAGGAUGGUUUGUCUACAGAUACCUUCUUUUCAAGUCAAGCAGAAAGGAGUUGGCUGAGGAUAUUGAUUCCUUGAAGAAGAAGAUCGCAGGGACCGAAUAG